GCGUCGUCUCGCUCGCGCUGGGCGCUGAGUUGGGUGGUGGCUUGUCAUCGGUUGAGGAAACCCGUCACUCCAGCGCUGAGCUCACGCGGAAAUGCUCCUCCUCCUCUUCGAACGCGCGGUCUCUUCGUAAUGGUUUUAUUGGUUCAUGUUUAGUGCGACACAGCGCACUCGCUGAUCUCCAGCUUAUGAUCUCCUUUGAAUGAUUGGGUUCCCGGUGGUUGAGCUUCAGGUUCUCCGUUGCAGGCAUCGACGAACGGAGUGUGAUGUGGGUGUUUCAUGUGCCAGUGCCCUUUCACUUCUGUCGAGGUUCUCACUAGAGGCCUCUUUUCUGUAAUUUUGUAUGAUAUGGUCUAGAGGUGGAAUAAUCGGCACGAGUCUCGAUGGAAGUGGCGAGCUCAUUGUUAGCACUAGGGGCCCAUGGGGACUGACGCAAGAGCUAUGGUGAUCUCUCUUGUUUUGUGAGUAUUGAAUCCAAGAUCUUCUCUGGGACGUGAAGGAGCUUGAAGUGUCGCAAAGUGAGCUUAUUGGGGAUACAUUGAGUGAGUGAGUGCAGCCAUUCAUACGAGGAGUUUGUAUCAACUCUAGUUUUUUUCAGAACAGGUUCAAGUAUCGUAGGGUGGAGUGUUCACACCUGUAUAAUAGUGUGGCAUGAAGACGUUCGAACAUGCACUUAUGGUAUCAGAAUCGAGGUUGUGUUUUUUGCUCUACCUUGGCGCUCCUCUAUGGAUUUGCGAGUGAGAAUUACUGGCGUCUCGGUUGAAGGGCAACUUCUUGUAUAUUGAACAGAAGACAUUGACUAUUGUAACUAGUUCAGCACUUGUGUGUGCUCCAUCAAUGUAGUGCUAUCUGCUCAUCUUAUUAUAGAAAGCCAUUUUUUUAUCAUUGCGAACAAAAUUUGCAGGCUGUUUUUCAACAGCGAGCAGUCAUGGGAAGCUCCGGAAACCUUAGCAAGUUAAUUAUCCCGAAACACCACUGGCAAGAAUGUAAGGACAACACUGUGUGCAUGAAUGCGUGGAAUUUCAAGGACUCGGGGCCGGAUUCGCGAGGCGCUCAGCUUAGGUCGAGAGUGCAAUGGUGGCUGGCCUUUUCUCUCUGCGCCGGCCUCACAGUGGUUCCGUUGUUGAUGUUCAUUUGCGCCAUUGAUAACAUGGAGGUGACCACCAGGCGGCAGCCUUGGAUUUCUAAAGGCGGUCCUCAUCUGGAAUUGAUAGGUGUACAUUCCAGAUGGAGUUUUUUGCGAAGCAGUAGAUUGGCGCCAAUCGACGACGAGAGCAAGGGGACCGGCAAAUCUCGAACUGCACUACAAGGAAUGGGUACUCUACUAAGGACGGGAACACGAGCGAUGCAAGAACUGAUCGUGGCCCAUUUGUCUGAAGACACUACCAGUGAAGAACUUCGCCUAUUCUUAAGAUCACUUCAUCGAAGUGGGUCGACUGCGAGGGCUGAUGUCGUGCUCUUGUUUCCUUCAAGUCCAAUGCCGAUGGCAAUGGCGAAGGUCAUUCACGAGGAAGAGGAGAGCUUCCAAAAUCUGCUCGAGGGUUUUGAAAGAGGAGCUUCAGUCGUUGACGCAGAGGGUUCAACAUAUGCAAAGCCCAACUCCACAAUCUCUCCGUUCAAUGGUAUGGCGUUCAAGGAGUCCGGCGAGGAGGAGCAAGACGUAGCCCAAGAGAUCAUAUGGGGCAAGCGACAUGGCGUGUCAGAGAGUAUCGAGGAGGUGCAAACCAGCACAAGCUCAGCCGCGUGGGGCAGCGUGGUUUCGUUUGAUGUUCAGGAGUUGGAUCCCCAGGACGCUUUGCAAGGCUUCUUCGACGCACCUCCGGUGCAACUGCGGCGCUGGGUGUGCUACGACAUGCUACUAGGGAUGAUCAAGUCCCGCUACAAGAUCGUGCUGGUAUCGCAAGUGAAAGGGGUAUACGUCCUCGGCGACGCGCUAUCCGCAACUCGAAAGAAGCCGACCCUUUACAUCACCGCUGAGGAUCUUGUCUGGAGAGACGCGAAACGGGAGCCUGUAGCUGAGAUAUUGUCAGAAGAGGUAGAUGGCAACGUUAAUGACGAAGAUUCCCUCAGGUCUACAGUGGUUGAUCUCCCUGCAGCCAGGCACGAGUCCAUCAGGAGGAUCUUGAGGGAAAGCAGCAGGCUUAAAGCCUCGGAGGACGGGGGAAUCAAUGCCGAAGCGAAGGAGAUCAGCAACGAAGGCAGAACGGAGGGUCCGAAGGCGAAGAAGGAGCCUCCUCAGACGUGGCGCCAUGCCCAGGGCUUGAUACAAAGCGUUUAUGGCACCCAGGUGUGGAGUACUUUGGAAGAGCCUGACAAGCAGCGUGCAGUUGUCAGUACAGCAGUGAUCAUGGGAGGUGUGCAGUACGUUCGAGGAUUAUCCAUCAAGAUGACCUCCGAGAUUGUGAGGGUGGCGAUGGAGCGCAAGAGUCGACGCACGUUCCAUGACAAGGCUGUGCUCAACAUGUGGAUGCAUAAAAAAGCUGCACUUGGCAAGCGAAUAGCAGACCACUUGAAGGUGAUGCGUAACCAGGACUCGGUGGUGCACUCGGCCCAGACCUCUCGUCAACCAUUCGUGUUCUGGAGGAAGAGGGACCCAAGCAGCAGGUAUUUGGUCGUGCAUCAGGAGCACGCUGAUGGCGUCACGGAGCUUCGUCAGGAACUCUGCAGAUUAGAUUCCACUGUCUACCAGCGGUGCUCGUGACACGGUACUUUCGAGACAACAAUCAGGCGUUAAAACAACGCCCUCUCACUGAGCACGGUGAUGAUCCGUGGACCACAUUCACAUAAAGAAUAAUGGAUUCGCGUACAGCCCCCACCGCUAGUCGUACUGAAACUCCGGUGUCGGUAACCGCGAUCAAUGAUCAGACUAACUAUCGAUCAUGCGACGCUCAUUUUAUCAGGUUGGGUUGCGCCUAUAAGCCAUCCUCUCAAGCUUGUGGUUGAUCGAAAUCGUGCACUGCUAUCGACGUCAAUGCUUGAUAGAGAUCGGUAUCAGAGAGCGACAAUCCGUGAAAACCAGUAUACCAUGUCGUAGGUAGUAUUUCGGAAUUUCGGAGCAUCAAACCUUGUGAUUUAUAGAACUAGUUGGUUUAGCCUUUAGACCUACUAAGAUUAUUUACAGACAAACAUCAGGUGUAGAUUCAUCACUAUUUGUCUCCCGUUUCUUAAGUAACAGCUCAACAUUUCUGGACUUAAAUUCUAGGACUAACAGUAGCAAUUUGUUUUGACAUAUUUUGUUUGCGGAGUAUGAAUCAUGUUUAAUGUUUACUAGUUUGCAACUUAAGAACCAUGAUCUAUGGUGAACGAAACUUCGGAACAGAAAGUAGAUCCAGAAUAAUUUGAAGGAUUGGAAGUGGAGUAGUUGUGCGGGAAACAAGGUUUCCAGUGCAAGUUUUGGUUAAUUGUGCAGUGAGUGUUGUCUUUGGUGGUUUUGAAAAUGAAACCCAGUCUAAAUCUACUGUACCUGGAAGUUGAGUUA